AUAGUGUCAAAUCAGGUGUAUCCGAUUGUUCUAUUUGCAAAAUAUCAACAGUUUUUAAUGUUAUUUUGUUAUAUUUCCAACAACCAAUAAAAUUGCGUAUAAUUCACAUUAAGUAAUCAGUUCGUGUUUAUUUCCUCUAAUUUAAUUUUAAAAUGGCGGAUGAAAAUAGUGUAUAUCUUAGAGUAAUAAACAAAAAUAUAGAUUACCCACAACAAGCUAAUAUCAUGGUUACACCCUAUGUUUCAACGCCUCCUUUAAUUUCUGAUCAACUGCGAUUACCUCCACAUGGUGGGAAAACAAGAAAACGUAAAGCAAACUGUUAUAACUGGAAACAGUCAAAAAGAAAGCGACUUAGACAAUCAGGAAAGGAAUAUAUAAAUGUUAGAGGCAAAGUUAUUCAACCAAGAAGUAUUAAAAAUAAAAAAGAUUGUAAAAAUUGUUGCAAGUUUAAGUGUUUUGAGAAGAUUUCAGAAGACGAGAGAAAAAUAUUAUUUAAUGGACUGUGGGGAAUGUCUCAGAUUGAAAAGCAACACUUUUUUAGUAAAACUACUGAACGAUUAGAUAAAAAAAGAUCUUGAACCAAUAAAGUAAGCAAUUCAAGGAGAAAACUUAUUUUUACAAUUUCUUUGUUGAUAAUAUCAAGCAUCGUGUAUG